UGUAUUUGAUUGUCUUGCGUUGGCUUUUCUUAUUUGCGAUUGAUUCCCUUUAAACUCUAUUACUAGUCGCUUCCUAAACAUCUUUCUGAUGUAGAAAUGGCCGUACCCUGCUCACCCUUCCUCUACUUGGAGAAAUUCGCAAUGAUAACUCCAUCUUCUUCCUCUAUUUCUGUUGUUCCUGUUCUUACAGAAAAUGAUCUCAAGCGAAUUGCAGCUUAUAAGGCUGUUGAGUUUGUUGAGAGUGGCAUGGUUUUAGGAUUAGGCACUGGCUUAACUGCUGCCUAUGCUAUUGAUCGGAUUGGUGAGCUUCUGAAACAGGGCAAAUUGGAGAACAUUGUGGGCGUGCCAACUUCGAAGAAGACAGAGAAACAGACCCUUUGCAUUGGGCAUUCCCCUUUCAGACCUGCCGUUCACCCGGUUCUCGAUUUGGCCAUUGAUGGAGCUGAUGAAGUCGACCUUCAACUCAACCUGAUAAAGGGCCGAGGUAAUUGACCAUGGAAUGUUCUUGGACAUGGCAGGCUACAACUGUCAUAGUCGCAGGUUCCCUUGGAGUGACAGAAGAACAAGUAGUUUUUAAUUUUCAAGUUUUAAUGCAUAUUCUUUUAGAUUAGUUUGCAAUGGGAUUAACUUAUGUUGAAGAACAUUGUUGAUGAAUUUUACUUCUCCAUAUAUU